CGGUGCACGUGUGUCACCAGGACCGGCAUGGAGGAGUCGCGGGUUUCGGACAGUGUGGGAUUCCGGGAGGAUCCAGAGGAGAGUCAACAGACAGGUUGUUCCAAACGGAAGAUGUCUUUCCACAGGUGUGAGAUCUGCGGUGGAGAAGAAGCCAAGUACAGAUGCCCCGGGUGCCUGAAAUAUUCAUGCAGUUUGCCAUGUGUAAAAAAGCACAAGACAGACGCCGGGUGCAGCGGGGUCCGAGACAAGACGAUGUUUGUUCCGCUUAACAAAUUCAACGAAAUAAACCUUCUGAGCGAUUAUCGUUUUCUGGAAGAUGCUGGGCGAGUGAGCGAGAGCGCAGCUCGAGACCGCUUGUUACCCCGCCAAACCAGUAACAAAUAUCUAAACUUCAUGAAGAACCGAGCGAGGAAGCAGGGCAUCGAUCUGAAGAUACUGCCGAUCGGUUUUACGAAGAGACGAGCAAACAGCACGUUCUUCCACAAGAAAGAGCAGAGGUUUUAUUGGCAUCUGAAGCUGCAGUUCCCCCAGAGUCAGGCCGAAUACACAGAAAAAAGGAUACCAGACAAUAAAAAACUUGAGGAAAUUCUGCAGAAAUACAUUGAUCCGGAAGCAUCAGAUGCAGUCAUUCGACAAAGGUUGAGGGUUUACACGUCGUCUUCGUCAGGUGUGAAAGUCUUUAUGGUGCUUGAACAGAAAGGGCCGGGCCUGGACAGGUUCAGUGAACUGGAUCUGAAUAAAUCCCUCCUGGAAAACCUGAGGAAUAAGACGGUAAUAGAGUAUCCGACGCUGCGCGUGCUGUUGAAGGACCACGUUGGUGACCUGCACGUGCUGUUGAAGGACCACGUUGGCGACCUGCGCGAUGUGGCACGUGAUUUCUGUAAAUCCACAGUCUAUGCCCAGAUCUGCCGGUGGGAGAUUUUUGGAUUCCGUGAUCAUUUGGAUUAA